AUGCGUCACGUGAAAUUGAGGCACGGGCUUGCUAUCGGGGGCGUGAGUCACCCUCACGGAGUCUUCGAAGACCGAGAGCAGGAUAUGCUCCGUGCAAGUCAAGGGGAUUUCGUGGAUGACAGUGCGCCGGAAGCCACACUCCGUGCCGUACCUCUCACGGAUUCGUCGAAAGUACCUUUCGAUACUGGCGUGACCAAGUAUGAAUGGCGUUCCACACUCGAGACGCGGAAAAUGUGCCCCCAGCAGCGAGACGAGCCAGUCGGGAUCGGAUCGCCCUUGACAGAGGACAUCCGGUGGUACUACCUGAUCGAGCUCGGCCUGUACUUCUCGCUGAUGGCGUCUCAGUUCUCCGACGUUCGUCGGAAGGAUUUCGCCGUGAACCUGAUCCACCACCUGGCGACGAUCGUCCUCGUCACGUUCUCGUGGAUCAUCGGGGGGAUCCGGAUCGGGGCGAUCACGCUUCUGCUUCACGAUGCCUCCGAUGGCAUCCUCGAGCUGGCGAAACUGUGCCACUACUUGAAACUGAAGUGGCUGACCUCGCGGCUCUUCAUCGUCUUCACGAGCGUUUGGAUGGUGACCCGCGUUUACAUCUACCCGAUGCACAUCGUCCUGCCGAUGCAGAUGGCGCUGGUGGACGAGUGGGAGGAGAGGUGGCGGGGGAACCUCUCGUGUCCGUUCAUGAUGCUCCUGCUGUGGAGUCUCUUCUUUCUGCACGUUUACUGGACCUAUUGCAUCUUCAAGGUCAUCAUCAGGCGACUCGGGGGGAAGUUUCACCUCAGUCCCGUCAUCGUCUCGGUCGACUACGACUACAACGCGACUGGGGCGAUGGAGCGACUGCAGUUGAACCUCAACUGA